GACCUCACGAGUUUUUAAGCCGCAAUACGUAUUUUAGUAUUUAUAUAUGGCUAUAGGUAAUACAAUAGAACACUGUAUCUUCAUUACCUGUCCAUUUCCGCCAAAGAAUGCUCAAAUUGCGCGUGUUGCCGAGCAGAACCUGGCGAUCUAGUCUUCGACGUCAUCAUUCACGCUGUGCCAAAACUCCAUCUACGCCAUCACCAUUAAUACCCACCACAGCUUAUCCAGCACAGUACUCUCGUCUAAAACCAUCACCGCUGUCAAAGAUAGAGUUUCACUCUACAAGGAAAAACAUGGGACAGACCAGAUCAGAGACGGAAACCGGGGCUGAGACGGGAGCAGUCCGGGACAGCAUCGAGGAUUGGAAGUCGAAGCCGCCGUACCGCACUACGCCCGGCAACGAGCACUUCGACAAGAAAUGGACGGCGCACUGCCACUGUGGCCGCGUGAAGUACUGGCUAUCGCGUGACAAACCUCUCUCCGUCAAAUUCUGCCAUUGCGUCGACUGCCAGGCCCUGCACGGUGCCCCCUUCCAAUGGGCCGCCAUCUUCGAGAAGCAGGAUUUACACUUCGAGAAGGGUGCCGAGGGCCUCGCUUUCUACCAUUCCCCAGACAAGUCCACGGUGCACCGUCUGCCGUGCAAAGUGUCCUGCGCGUACUGCCACUCGCCCAUCAUGGACGAGGGCCGGAAUAUGGUGCUCCUGUUCCCCGGCAUUAUCAAGUUUAGCGACGCCGAGCACAAGAAGUUGUUCGAUCCACAGUAGGCAUUCCCCCCCUCCAAGGAAACAGCAUGCGUUAUACUGAUGAUCAAUUUACUCUAGAUGUCACAUCUUCUACAGCCAGCGCGUGGUGGAUAUACAUGACGGAAAGCCUAAGUGGUCAAAGUUAGAUGGGCAUAGCGAGCUCAUGAAGGAGGUCGAGAGAACGGACUCUAGCGAGCACACUGUACUAGGGGAGGCUAGAAAUGAGAAUAAAG